AUGGUCAAGGCCGAGCUCUCGGAGAUCCGGAGCCUCAAGCAGCAGUUGCUGGCGCAAAUGCAUCCGCACUGGGAGACACUGUCCGCCUCAGAGGUGCAGGUCUUGUUCCGCUCCCCCGGCGAUGUGUCUGAGGUAGCAGCGGCGGCGGCGCAGCAUGCCCAUCGCAUCAAGGAUCCGCAGGCGCUGGCGGCACUGCUGCAGGCCUCGCACGCCAUUCCGGAGUCCCCGGAGCUGGCGUCGGCGGCCAGAUCGGCCGUGAAGGCGAAAACGCAGGAGAUGCAGGAUCCCGCUCGGCUCUCUGUGCUGGAGGCGGCCUUGCGGAAAGGCCCAAGCACUCUGGAACCUGAGCAUCUGGAGUUGAGGGAAGGCGUCCGGCGCCGGCUCUUCCGCGCCGUCUUGGACGAGGAGCCGACCUUCGAUGCCCGGCCCAGUCGAGGCUUCAUCCGCUUUGUGGAGAAGUGCCUGGCCAAAGAUCGCAGCUCGAAGGCGCGAGUGCAACGAGCUCGGGAUGGCCGAAAGGCCGAGAGGUGCCAAUCACCCUGA